CGUUCUCUGCAAUCAGCAGCAGUAGCAGCAUCAGCAUCUUUUUGCAAAUUGAUUUGGUAUCCCUUAUUGGGGACUUAUUUCAAAUAAAUCACAAAUGCAGUUGAAAUUGUUUAUAUUUAUGGGGAAUAAGUGAAUAAUUUUGAAAUGAAUUGAGAAUCUGCUAACGACGAAAGGAUUGUGAGAGUGGCUUUCUGAGAUCAGACACAGCUGGCGGAAUAAUUGCGCCUUUACCUUUUGAAGAAGCGAAAUGGGACAGACAAAGAGCCAAUUCACUGACGAGGAAUUACAAGAUUACGAAGACUUGACAUUUUUUUCGAAAAAAGAGAUACUCCUUGCUCAUAAAAAAUUUAAAAGCCUUGCACCCGAAAAAGUUGGACACAACAAAAAUGCCAAAUUAUCAAUGAGCAAAAUAUUACAAUAUCCAGAAUUGCGUGUAAACCCUUUCGGUGACCGAAUAUGUAAAGUGUUUAGCUCAAGUGAGGAUGGUGAUAUGACGUUUGAAGACUUUUUAGACAUGAUGAACGUAUUUAGUGAUGCUUGCCCAAAAAAAUUAAAAGCGGAAUAUGCUUUUCGCAUUUGGGAUUUUGAUGGUGAUGAUAUGCUUGGUGUUUCGGAUUUAAAACAAGUUAUUGAGCGAUUAUGCGGACCAGAAAACAAAUUAGAUGACUGCGAUAUGAAAGAGAUUAUUCACUGCAUUCUAGCAGAAGCAGAUUUCGAUGAUGAUGGAGCAUUGUCGUUUCCGGAAUUCGAGCAUGUCACUGAUAAGUCUAGAGACUUUCUUAAUUCUUUUCGCAUAAGACUUUAAGAGCACAACAACAACAGCACAACAAUCCAACCGACAUAUAAAAACAUUAUUUCUAUAAUGAUAUGUUUAAAAAUACCCAAAGUUUACACACUUACAUUUAGUAUUUUUCUUGUUGUAAUAUUUUAUAAUAGAAUUGAAUGAAUCUCAAAUGAAUUAGGUUAUUUAAGUAAACCCUUAUGAACUACACUUAUGUAUUUGCAUUUAUCAAUAACAUUUACUCGAAUAUAUGAAUGUUGUUGCAACCAAAUUAUUAUAUAUAUAAAUUGUCCAUAACUUAUGUAUUAACUUCAUUCUGAUUAAAGUAUAUAAAUAACUCGAAUUUGAAGUUAAAAGUCAUAUGCUAUUGUAAAUUGCAAUGAAUGUAUCAAAUAUUUUUCAUGAACAGUAACACAUAAGAUUAUGAAAAUUAAAUGCUAUUACUGCCACAAGGUAAUCAUUUUUCCUUGGAAGUAUUGCUUAAUGUCAAAAAAAUAUCUCAUUCUAUAUAGACCUAUAAGAUUAUGUAGGUUUACGA